GCGGUGCUGGGUUCACAUCAUCACACCUCCCGCCGAACCGAGAGCGAGCGCAUGAACUAACAGAUGACCCCCGCGCUCCUCCAUCUCUCCCGCAAUAGAAUGACGGAGAGUGACGCGGAUGUGUUUGUCAAGCUCUGCGUUUAUCUGAACGGACUUCUGCGCUGAGAUCAGUCUGAGCUUCUGUCUCCUCAGGCAACUUCUUCAAAUCUCUCUCUCGGAGUAACACCGCGCUCCUGCUUCGUAGUCGCAUGUGCGGAUGAGAAGCGCUUCUGCAGACUCGGUCUUUGAUUGAUAUGCGCGUGUUUUCUAAAACUAAAGUGACGCGUGUUAGAAUGAACUCUAAACACUGAGCGGGUGAUUUUUGUCUCUCCGGCGGCGCAGUCCACAAUUAUUGACCGUAGUGCGGACAUUCACACCACUGACAGAAGAUCUCGGACAUCUCAACACUUGCUCCACUGUCUGCCAUCAGCCGAGCCACAGAUGCGAAUCAAAGUCGACUAAAGCAAGAGGAAUAUACGUGUCCAAGUGUGCUGUAGUGAUGCUGCAAGUGGAAAUGAUCAUAUUCGUGGGUGUGAUUCUGUGGAUGUGUGUAUUUAGUCAAGAGCCCAGCUCAAAGGUGAUGGCUGAUCGAUACGCUGUCUACUGGAACCGAACCAACCCCAGGUUUCACCGUGGAGACUAUCACAUCGACGUCUGUAUAAACGACUACCUGGAUGUGUACUGUCCGCACUAUGAGGACUCGGUCCCUGAGGAGAGAACUGAGCGCUAUGUGCUCUACAUGGUCAACUACGACGGCUACAGCACGUGUGACCACACGGCCAAAGGCUUCAAGCGCUGGGAGUGCAACCGGCCGCACUCGCCCAACGGCCCGCUCAAGUUCUCCGAGAAGUUCCAGCUCUUCACACCUUUCUCGCUGGGCUUCGAGUUCCGGCCGGGCCGAGAGUAUUACUACAUCUCAUCCAUGAUCACAGAAACCGGGAGAAGGUCGUGUCUCAAGCUGAAAGUAUUCGUGAGACCACCAAAUGGCUGCGAGAAAACCAUAGGCGUUCAUGACCGCGUUUUUGUCGAUGACAAAGUAGACAAUGCAUUAGAACCAAGAGAUGACACCAGUCACGAGGCCGAACCGUCCCGGAGCGACGUGUCGACUUCAGGCCUGCGGCACCAAACGUCGGGGCCCCUGCUGGCCCUGCUGCUGCUCUGCAUCUCUGUGUUCCUCACCUUAUAGCCCCUCACCGGCCCCUCAAGCAGCCCUCGGGAAACCCCACGCGUCUUGAGAUCCACCAGGAACACUUCUGCUGCGCUUUUGUUUUGUUUUCCAAUAUUUAAGUGGUCCUUUGCUGUCUUUGAUUAAGAAAAGUCGAUUAGCCGUGCAAUGAAGAAAUGCAGAUCGCCUGUUUAACCAAUCGACUGGCGGCUGGUCGCUGGGGAUUGGCUGCUGGGAGGAAGGGGGCGGAGUCUCCAAUUUGAUUUGGGUCCAUUGGGAGCGAGUUGCUCUUUUGUGGGUAAUUAGAGAAUGCGUUAAGAAACGCUCUGUGAGAACUGAAGGUUUUUAGGUGGGUUUCACAUAAAACAGACAUAAACAUCAACUCUGCUGUUAGCGAUACUAUAUAUACACACACAAAGACUCUUGCCUUUCGUCCUUCGUCUGCCUUCCCUUAACAAAUUGCAGAAUCCAUCAGAGGAAACGGUCUGUAAUGCGUCUCGCCGCAGGAUCUUUCCCAAUCGCAGGAAGACGUUGGUUAGUCUUGGUUAGUCAGAAUUUGGAUUUGAUUCUCUACUGCAAUUCGAGGGACUUGUCUUAGUAGACCACACCACUAAAAACAAUGAUUUUGUAUUUUGUAAGAUAAACUUAACUGCAACAUAAAUAUCUAUAUUUUUCCUAUGACCUUUUAUCAAUUGAUAUGAGAUAUCAACAUUAACGGAUCAUGGAAAUUCUUUUCUUGUCAUAACUGUGUGUCCGACUCUAUUAGGAACCAAAUAAGGAAAGGGGCUCCGCAUGAUGUUUCCCCCUUUUACAUGGGUGGACAAAAUAAGCGUUUGUUUGAAUAGGCCUUAUACUGUACACUAUACUAAUAUCUCCUGGAAGUGCUUCGAGUUCAGCAUUUCCAUCGGGGAAAUAAAGUUUAGUUUCAUUUGUUGAUUUCAUUAAUGCAUUUGUUUGUUCUGUAGCUGUUAAUCGGUGCAGUUCUGACUCGUUUAAUAUGCUGAUGCGACAUACGCAAGACAUUAGAACAUGGGCAUUUUUCUCCUCCCGAAGCCUUAUACGAUAGAGGAACCGAUGGGUGAAUCUCACCAAACCUGACUCGCAUUUCACCAUAGAAUCACAGAAAAAAAAAAAAAGAUUUUAUAUUUUGCACAAACAAAAUGAAGCAUAUUUUAGAACUAAUGUGCUAAUUUUUUUUUUGCAUUGUUUAUAUAUAUAAAUAUAUAUAAAAUUCAAUUUUAAAUGUUUGUAAUUAUAAUGUAAAUAGAAUGUUUUUCUAUUCUGUUCUAUUUUAUUUUAAUCAUUGCUACGUCUCUCAGCCAUUAAUUGUGAUACAGCUAGGGAUAUGAUUAGACAUAACAUACAGGAAUUAUGUGUGCGUGUCAAAAAAGUAUAUUAUGCAAAAUAAAUACAUAAUGCAUUGUGUGUACAUAAUAAUAAUUUAAAAAUGUGAUGUAAUAAUUUUUAAAAAUGUAAUAUAUAAUUACAUAUGAAGUAUAUAUAUAUAUAUAUAUAUAUAUAUAUAUAUAUAAAACGAUUACAUUACAUCUUUAAAUGAUUACAUUUUAAAUUAAAAUUUUGUUCAGUGUCACAAAAUCACACACUUCACCAUUAAAUGAUGUAUUUAUUUAUCAUAGUAUCAGUUGCAUUACCUUUUAAAGAUAUAAAAAUAUCAGUAAAUCGGUUACAAUAACGUCUCAUUCGUUAAUGUUGGCUAAAAAGAGCUAACAAAAAAUACAAUGCAUUGCAUUUCUUACAGCAUUUAUAAAUCUGUUAAUGUUAAAUACAGUUGUUCGUGUUAGUUAUGUUCAUAUUAGGUCAAGUUAUGUUGAAAUGAACAUUAUCGAAGACAUUUAUAUUUCUUCAUUUAGCAGACACAUUUAUACUGUAAGUGAUUGUUAAUAAAUGCAACCCUGAUUGUAAAGUAAAGUACGUUAAGGAUAAUGGAAAUUACAGAACAAAACAUGCAAAAGGCUUCAUUUUCUUUCUGAAAAUAUAAUUUUGUGCAGCGAAAUGCGAUCCGGACGUGUUUUUGUGAGAUUCACCCAAACUGUAGUUUGCCUGGUUACUCGCUCCGUCACUGUUUCCGUUCAAGAGCCGUAAUGAGCUUCAACACGAGCUCGCGUCGAGAGACAGAAGAUUUCUGACGGGAGAAGUCUUAUUCCUGAAAAUAAACAAUACUGUGGACUUUCAAACAGUUGCAAAUUGGAUAAUCGUUUCUGCCUUUCUGACUCUCAUAAGCCUGUUUGGUUCUGCUAGUCCUGUUUGUUUUUGUCAGAAGCUCGGCUUUACCACAUCAGGACUCGAGGAAACACACCAUAUGUGCUCCGUUUCAUGGUUUACAUUAGAAACCAUGAGAGAAACUUUUGAAAAAAUCAGCUUCAGUAGUAUUUGUAUCAUUUGUACUCCAAUUAUUACCAUUAAUACCACGCUUUGUACACACUUUGAACUGGGAAACAGAAUCAGCUUAUUAAAUGGAUACUGUGUAUCCUAAAGUAGUCAAAAAUAUAACAUUAUAGUGUUAGAAUAAUACUUGUUUUUUGUACCUUUCUGGAGGACGAGGAAAAAUAGACACGUCAUAAAACAUUAAUUAUUAUAAUUCAGCAUCACUGUUAUUUGUUAUUAUGGAUACCACAUUAAAUGUUAUGAUCAAAAUGUGUUGUACAUAAUGUUUGAUAUUAAGGUAUUAAUUUGAUUCACAUGUCUUUUCUAAAAAAAAAAAAAAAAAUUUAAAUGAGUGCAAAAAAUGAAACGUUGGGAUGUUUGCAUAUGACAAACAUACACAGCCAAUCAGAGGCCACCUUUGAACUGAAAGUCUGAAGCCCUGAGCCAAUAGGAACGCUUCAUCCGUUUUGAAAGGUUUUGGGUUUUUCAUGAGGAUCCGACGGAUCAGAUGGAUGGAGUUCAAAGGUGCAACGUUUGUUCAGAUGAUGCUGUGUUUGCCGGACUGUCUGUGAUUUUAACGGAAGGAACUUGCUGGUUUCAUAACGUGGCAUGUGCAUGGACUUGAUAAUGAAAAAACAUGUUAAAUAAAGUGUUCUUUUGGCUGUUUUCACCUCUUCUUUUCUCGACACGUUUGUGUGUGCUGUAGUUCCACUGAAAUGAGAAGGUUACGCAGGAGAGUGCUGUAGUUUUGCACAAAGCGCUUCGGCUAACAGCGUCCGGCACUGCUUUAGAAUGUUUCUAGAGGUGUUUGUUUAUUUGUUUGUUUUCAACGAUUUUGAGAAUAAAUCAUCAAUCAUCUGUCAGCGUCGAAAAACAUUCAGAGUUUAAGAGUGGGAAUCUGUUCAGUUUGUGUGGGAAUUUGAGCUGAACUGAAACAGGAUGUUGAAUUGAAAUUUUAAUCACCGGAGGAGGACAUUUCUGAAUUCCACUAAAAAACAACAACAACAACAAAAAAAACACCCUUUUUUUGGUAAGAUCUGUUAAUAAAAUUUGAAAUUUGUAUGGGAUGAGCUACAACCUUGUGUACUAAUAAUACGCUUGUGUCAGAAAACUGGCUUUAAUUCAUUUUAUGGUCCAUAAAACUACAAAAAAUUCAAACUUUAGAUAAUGUUUAUUGUAAUAUUUGAUUCAUAGUUACAUUUAGUUUUAAAAUAUAGUCCAGUAUUUUAUAGCGUUUUAUAGUAGUUUUAUUUUUUUUACUUUUAUGAACCAUGAAAUGGAUCAAUGCCGUUUAAAAUCAAUGCAUCAUGUUUUCUGCUUAUUAUUAAUACACAAAUUUGUAGCUCAUACCAUGCAAUUAUUUUUAAUGAUUUUAAUAACAUUUUAUUAAUACAUCCAAAUAUAUUUUUGUUGUAUACGUUUUCUAUAAUAUAAAAUGUGUAUGGGUAAUUCAUAUUGAAAAAUGAAGUGUAUUAUUUACUUUAAAAUGUACUUAAUUUUUUUUUUUUUUGCUUUAAAUGUUAAUUCAUCGUCCUGUUUGCAGCUCAGUUCCACUUCUAUUCUGAAUUCUGCUCGACUCUCUACAGACUACAGUCAUUCUAGUCUUAGUGAUGGAGUUUUACACAUGCCUUAGUCAACACACUCCUAACGAACACAAGAGAUCCUCCCGGUGUGUGUGUGUGUGUGUGAGUGUGUGUGUGUGUUGAUUCAGAUCUCACUCACUCCUGUACUUCUGAUGACACUGGUUCUGCUCUUUCCAUUUUCUCUUCUGCAUCUCUGGGUGCUGUACUUGAUUUUCCCCACUGUACAAACAGGAACAAACUUUUGGGAAAAAAGAAAGAAAAAAAUCUAAGGUCUGUAUUUGUAUAUACACGUGUCUGAACAACUAUAAAUAAUAAUUAAAGAAAAAAAAAAAAUGCA